CUUUGCUGACCAACCACAUCAUACAAUGCCAGCUGCUAGGUGUUUGGCGUCUCUUGUGGCAGUGCUUGUGGCUGCAGUGUGUGUAGCACAUGCACAGGAGAGGAUCAAGAUGUGUGGAAGAGAGCUCAUACGUCUGACCGUCUCAUCCUGUGGCAGCUCCCGGAUAAGGAGAAGCAUCCAGGAUUUGGGACUGGGUCAAACUCAAUAUGCCCCUCGCUGGGCCCAGUUCUCCUCCACAGAAGAGUACCCAGCUUCAGAGGCAGUACACACCGCUUCAAGGGCAGAUGGGGAAAAAGACAUCAUCUCCUUGGCUGCUCACCUUCUGUCCUCUCGGAUCAGACGAGCUGCUGGGAAAAUAUCUGAUAUUUGCUGUGAGAAAGGAUGUAGCAUGAAAGAACUGAUACAGUUUUGCUAAAUGAAGCUGGUCACAGAUCAAAAUGAGUUAAAUUAUUGUCUUCAAAUUUUGACCUGUGCUGGGAAAUCUUUUAGUGAUCGUAUAUGUACUUGAUCAUAUUUAUCCAUGCCAUGUAACAGUACAAAAGAUAAAAUGAGAGUGCACACAGGACUUUAUUUGGUUUAUUUAAGAUAAGAUAAGAUAAGAUAAACUUUCAUGAUCCCACGAUGGGGAAAUUUGCACAUUACAACAGCUCAAGUACAGAGAAGAAGGAUGAAAUAAAAUAA